AAAUCAGCUGGUAUUUCUAACCAGUGUCAUUUAUCAUACAACAGUGCAUUAGAGAUCGUUGCUGCAAUUUUUCUAGUGAAGUAUUGUUAGAUCCUCCUCUAAACCUACGAUUUAUAAUUGUUAAACCUCGUUUAAUGAAGCUUUGAAUCAUCAUUCAAGAUACUACAGUGUUAUUUAACAGUGUUUUGUGAGACGACAUUAUUUAAUUAAAUAUAUUUCUAGAUAUAUUUGUCAUUUUUAAAUUUUAUCUAUAAUAAUCAUCUUUGAAGAUUCUACGGAGUUUUUAAACAGUGUUGAGUGAGAUGACAUUAUUUAAUUAGAUAUAUACUUUUAGAUUUAAUUAUAAUCUUUAUAUUCAUCUAUAAUAAUCAACUUUCAAGAUUCUACGGAGUUAUUAAACAGUGUUAUGUAGUGAAGUGGCAGUGAAAUAUUAACAAUAUCUAGUUUUCACAUGAUGUUUCAAGCAAUGAGAAGUAAUUAUACAAGUGAACAUUCUAAAAUAUAGUGAAGAAGUUAUAUACAUUAUGGACAUCAUUUCCUAAAUCUUUCAAAAAACUUUCAAUCACCUAUGACAGAUCACCAUUUUUGUUGAAUUCUACCAAAUUGAUGAACUCACAACAUACCCGAUUCUUUGAACAUGUUUAGCCAAACUGGAAGAUGAUUUUUUAUAGAAUUUGAGUAUAUUCUCAACAAACCCAUCAGAUUGUGUGAAUCAACUUCAAUAUUUUUUGGAUUUCCUUCAAGAAGCUUCAGAACUGCUUCAGUGUUCAUUUGAGUUAUCAAAAUCAUUGGAUCUAGUGCUUCAACAUCAGAACAUCUUCAAAAGCAUUGAAAUCAGCUACAACAUUCUUCAGAACUACUCCAAGAUCUUUUCAUCAGAUGCAAAACACUUCAGAACUGUUUCAAAGACUGAAGUUACUACAAAGUUCAUAGGAUCUACUUCAACAUCCAUCAAAACAUCUCCUAAAUCAUUGAAUCAGCUGGAAAAUUCUUCAGAGCUGCUCCAAAGUCUGAACCUACUUCAUCAUUUAUCAAAUUCACUACAUCUGAGGUUACAACAGAGUUCAUUGGAUCUACUUCAACAUCCAUCAAAACAUCUCCUAAAUCAUUGAAUCAGCGAAAAAAAUCUUCAAAAUUGCUAAAAGAUCUGAGGUAGACCAUUGGAUAUACCGCGACAUACAUCAGAACAUCUCCAAAAUCAUUGCAUCAACUACAAAACACUUCAGAACUGCUCCAAAGUCUGAAGUUACCACAAAGUUCAUAGGAUCUACUUCAACAUCCUUCAGAACAUCUCGAAAAUCAUUGCAUCAGCUACAAAGAACUUCAGAACCCACUCCACCUUCUGCAAACCCACACCAUGUCCAGACUUGCGACAACUCUUGGCAAACCCCAACUGUCCCUGGCCUUCCUGCUACUGCUGCUACCCUGGACAUCACUGGCCCAGACCCAGGACUUCUCCGAUGUCGACCAAGUGCGUCAGAUGGUCAUCCAGAGGAUCAACCGCUUGUGGCGAAAGCUGAGUCACCAGGAAUGGGAAAAACUGGCCGAGUCACGAGGUGGCAAAGAUGUGCGUCUCCUAGAGGAAUUCGCCAGAAUAUCAGACACCAUGAGUGAGGUGACCAUCACACCUGUGCCAAAGCUGUUGUUGGCCCCCAUAUGGACCUAUGCCAUCAUCCAGGUGGAGACCAUGGGGAUCCUGGGUCUGUACAAGCACUUCAGGACCUACCAGAAGAACCCAGCCCAGGAGAAGAUGCCCAGAAAAUGGCAGGAUUUUGCUGAGAAUGUUGUGGAGGACACCUUGGAUACUGCAUCUGUCACAAAGGCUAUGGACAAAAUGGCGCAGCUGAUUGUCAAUGAAGACACCAAAGCCAAUAUACUUGAUGAGAUACGCCAGGAGGUGGAUGCCAACAUCUGCAACAUCCAGCAGUCCCCUCAACAGAUCCUCUACAACAUCUAUGUAUCACUACAGAUGACACAACUCAAAGGCUACACAAUGAUGCAAUUCUCCUGGAUGCUAUUGCGUCUUUACAACAGAGGCAACUUCACUUUGGAAGCUGAGACAAGUCGCAACAAGUAUGUUCAACAAAUGAAGCAACAAGUGCAAAUAGCCAAGGAGACGAUUGCCGACGCUAGCACAGCCAUGUGGAGAUGUGACGCCCGAAAACAAGUCGAAGAUGAGACCUACACCAAGCUGACUAGACUGUUACAGGGCUACAUAGUCAACGAAGUCAACCUAAAUCGUCAGAAGUCUUGUGGUGAAAGCUGCGGAUAUUACUCUCAUACCGAACAGUACAGCUGCUACGAAGGAGGGUUCUGCCACCAACAGUUGAAGUGCGAGGGAAAGAUCACCGACUGCACUUUUGUCGACUCUGACAUGGAGAUUUGCUCGACGGAAAUCAGAUCUCACCGUCGCUACAACUGGAUCAAAUACAAGAACGGCAAGCAGAUGGGUCAAGACCAGACCUGCACCAAUGUGAGGAAAGUGGACUCCUGGUGGAGAUAUCUGCUCUGGCACUGUAGCUACUGUUUCUGCCUUUGUGAUGAUGCCAGGUUCUCAGACCGUUACUUCAAUCUGAGACCUGCUAUUUCGGAUACUGGACUUAAUAGAGUGGUAACAGCCCUACGUUUCACCAAAUACAACCACGUGAUACAUUUGCAGAUACAAGAGGGAGAACUGCUACCCAAGGGACUGAUCAACGAAACAAGCGUACAUUGGGUACCACUUGAUGAUUACAGCGUUGGCAAAGCUGACUCAAGACCGGGAGUUGACUAUCAUAUGAUGUCUUGGGACGAAAGAGCUUUGGACUUAGAUGAUAUUGUGGCUCCUACUGGAUACGUUAUGACAGGAGUGAAAUUCCGCAAACUGGGCACCCAUUUGAACUUGGAGGUUCGGAUAACACCUUUCAACUUCACCACUGGUCACCUGAUCAAGCCUCAUAAGAAGAGCGAGUGGAUUAGCAAUGAUAAUACUGACGGAUCUGAGAAACCCAGACAACUGCUGACCAGCCUCGCCAGUAAGGACCUGGACAUUCCGACACGAGGGCCGUCCGAAAACAAACCUGACUCGCGCAACGACACCUUCCUACUUUUCACGCAUUCCAGCAUCGAUGCAGAUGUGGCCCAACACACUGUGCCGUUCUUCGACACCCAACAAGUCGCUCCGAACCCGGUCACACCUCUCGCGGGAGCCGGCCUCAUGCACAAGGGACUGCCCAAGUUUGGAGGUUAUGUGGCGCCCAAAGUGUUCACCUACAAUAUGGCCGAUCACCUCCAGAGCGAUUUCGGCGAUUUAGACAAGAACUCUAGUGUUUAGACUCAACGAAUAUUGAUAAUCUGUAGAACAAUUUCAGGAUUUGGAAAAGAACUUUAGUGUUUUGACUCGGCGAAUAUUGUUGAUUGAAUUACAUAAGAAAUAGAAGAACUCUAGCAUUUAGAUUCAACGAAUAGUGAUCAAGUUAUUCAUUACGUAAAUAUUGAAUGAACAACGGAAUAACAGAUUGAAAACUAAUUAAGAUUGAUUGGAUAAUGG